AAUGUAAGGAACGAUAACUCUGGGUAGAGAUUGUCCAUCACUAUGCCUUUUAACACUGUUUAAUAUCGAAAGUAGGAUUCACUGGAAAAUUAGUUUAUUUGUCUAGGUGGGUUUGUUGCUUAAUCAGAACAGAGGACAAACUGUUUAUACAGGUACAGCAAUAUGGACAAUAGUCAAAGCCCGUGAAGCAUCAUGGAGAAAUCCAUCACUAGCAAGUGCAAAAAAUUGAUAGUGGCUGCCAUAGACUUUGGAACCACUUUCUCCGGAUAUGCCUUUUCGUUUAGAGAUAACUGGGGCAAGGUUUUGACCAAUCACUGGCAAGGAGGAUCUCUUAUAUCCCAUAAAGCUCCCACAGUGCUCCUGCUGAAUGAGAAAGCUGAAUUUGUUUCUUUUGGAUAUGAGGCAGAGGAUGACUAUUCUAGGCUCACAGAAAAUGGAGAUCAUGAAGACUACUAUUUGUUCCAGAGGUUUAAAAUGAUCCUCCACCAGGAUGAGCAAUUGAAUAGAGGGGUAAAAUGCAAAGAUGUAAAUGGAAAGAAGCUGGAAGCUACAAAAGUGUUUACUCAUUGCAUCAAGUUUCUGAAAAAACACUUAUUGGAAGAGAUCAACAGAAGCAUUCUUGGAACCACUGAUGCUGACGUUCAGUAUGUGUUGACAGUUCCAGCAAUCUGGGGAGAUAAGGCCAAGAUGUUUAUGAGGGAGGCAGCUGUUAAAGCUGGAAUGAAGGCAGAACAUCUAACAAUAGCCCUAGAACCAGAGGCUGCCUCUAUAUACUGCCAACAUAUUCCAUCUGAAAAGCAAGAUUUAUCUGCCACAGCACUUGGGGUAGUCACACCAGGGACUAAAUAUAUGGUGGUGGAUCUAGGAGGAGGAACAGCAGAUAUAACAAUUCACAGAAAAGCAGAGGAUAGCACACUAGAAGAACUAAUGCCUGCUAGUGGAGGGCCAUGGGGAGGGAAAUCUGUGGAUGAUGCCUUUAUGAAAUUUCUCACAGACCUAGCAGGAGAAAAAGUUAUGGAGAAGUUGAAAAAAGAGAGCAUGGAAGAUUAUGUAGAAAUCAUCAGGAGUUUUGAAACAAAGAAGAGAACUAUUUUACCUAACAAGGAGGGCAACACAAGCAUGACUAUUCCACAAUCAUAUUUUAAUCACAGUAAAAAAAUUCAUAAUGUCAAGGAUUUCAAGGACAUUAUAGAAAAGAAUCCAGUAUUCAAUGGAAAAGUAUCGUACACAGCUGGAAAACUGAAAUGGAAAAAUGAACAUUUUAGGGAAUUUUUCAAAAAGACAAUCGAUAGUAUUAUUAAACACAUAGAUGAACUAUUUCAGGAAGAAUUAGUCCGAGAUGUAGGCAUUAUCUUAAUGGUUGGUGGCUUCUCAGAAUGUGAAAUUGUACAGAAAGCAGUAAAAGACAAUUUUACGAAUAAGAAAGUCAUAAUCCCAGAGGAGGCAGGAUUAGCUGUUGUAAAGGGUGCUGUGUACUUUGGCCAUGUACCUCAAGCUAUUUCUCGAAGGUCCGCGAGGCUUACAUACGGAAUCCAGACCUGGCCAGAAUUUAAUAAAGAUAUUCACCCAGAAAGCAAGAAAAUUGUCAUAAAUGGAAAAGCUCGCUGCAAAGAUGUGUUCUUCAAGUAUGUGAAGAAAGGGGAGAGAAUAACUCCAGGUUUCUCAAAAUCACAGAUAUUCCAAGCUUUGGGUGCAGGAGAUUAUGGAUUAGAGUGUGCAGUGUUUAUUUCAGAUAAUCCAGAUCCAAAGUUUGUAGAUGACAAAGGUUGUAGAAGACUGGGUGUUUUAAGUGUUCCUUUAUGUAAUAAGGGGUCUGAUCCUAAUAGUAGCAAUAGGCGUGGAGAAAUUGAGGAAACUAUGAUUUUUGGAGAGACUGAGUUGAGAGUGAGAGCUAAAGAUCUCUAUACUAGUACUGUACAAGAGAUCACAUUUGAUUUACUUCAAGAAUAGAUUCAUAGCUUAAAAUUCGGAGAUAAAGUUACAUGUGUUAACUGUUGAUGGAAUAGAAACCAAUCUAACACAACAAAAUAGGGCACUGUAGGAUUUAUUUGUUCAUUUUCAACCGUUAACCUGAUUACUAUUAGAUUUUGAUACUCACAUCCAAAAAUCACAUUUCAUUCAUGUUUCGUUUAAAAGCAGGUGAUUUGAUGCAGCUUUUUAAAGAUUUUUAUUUGAGCACAUAGAAACACCAAAUUAUAUGGUUUUCACGGAAAUUGUGACGCUACAGUUGUCAUAGUAACCCCUCUUGUCGACUUUCUGUAAUAAAUGGUACAGGUAUUUCAGAUGGUGUUUAAAAAUGAUACAAAAGGGGUAAGUGAUACCAAUUAUAUAUCAAAUGGAUGUUAAAGCCUUAAAUAAUAUAUUUGUAUUAAUAUGGCCAUUUAUUUUUAUAUGAAGUAGAAGCAGGGCUGCUUAUGAGCAAUUCGAAAUUUUUAGAAGGCAAUUAUUCACCAAAGCAGACAUAUUUUCACCCCCUGAGAAAUAAAUGACCAAUGAAUUUUUUUUUUAUUUUUAAAUAUGUUUAACAUAUGUUAGUAGGAAUUUUUCCUGAAAGUAUCAAUAUUGGUUUUCAGGAUUACUAUGGUGCUAUGAUCACUAUAGUUGCCCCCUCCCCCCUCCUUACAUAAAUGCUGCAGGUGAUAAUUACAAUAAACAUGCAUCUUACAUGCAUUUAUUUUAACUCAUAUUAAAACUAUAAAAAUGUUUUGAUGUUUAAUAUUGAAUUUAUUCCACAUAGAAUGAUAGUACUGUUGCUUUGGAGAUGUUUUUUUUACUUUCUGUUUGGAAUUACUUGUAUAUUCAUGCUCUGGAAGUGUAUGUUAAAAAUGCGGAAAAUAUAACCCAUCUGAUGUAAACUCUGCAUUGUGACGUCGAUACCUGCAACGUCUUUAUUAUUUUUUUCUCCUUUCAAACCAAGCAAUUAUCAAACAACAAAAUUUUCUUAUUUUUUAUAUAAUAAGAAAUAAGUGAACUAAUUGAGAAAAAAAUAUUAACAGCAAGUCCUGCUUUUCAGAGUACACACUUUUUGAUUUUUCUCAACAUCCACGUUACAUAGUAGCUAGCAUUUUAGAUUUAUGUGCACUAACACUAUAUACAUGUUAUGAAAUUCAUAGCAUUAUAUAUUAUGAUUUUAAUAGGCCUAGUGGUUUGUGAAUUAAAUUUACGUGCUGCAAGACUGAAAAUUAACGGGGGGGGGGGGGGGGGGGGGGGGGGGGGGGGGGGGGGGGGGGGGGGGUAUACGUAUCAUGGAGACAUAGGGCCUAAUGACUAUUAUUUAAAAGAUAAUUAAAAAAUAAGGGAUUUUUCAUUUAUAUUGUAUUUUAUUUGUAUAUUUCUAAACAUAUUUCCACUUUACUCUGUGUCUGGUUAUAGCUAACAAGUCUUUGUUUCCAUCGUCUGUCAUUAUUACUGAUGCUUAAGCGCUUGACGAUAGUAACUUUUAAAAAUUGGUCUAAUUUGAAAGUUUUAUUUUCACUCUUAAAUUGCAAUUUUGGGGUCAAACUGACAAAAUACUAGUGCAUUGAUUUAAUUUGUGAUAUCAUAUGACACAAACAAUCAAAAGAAUAAUGGCCAUUAGCACAUGUAUUCAUGCCUGGAAUAUUUCCUUUGCCGCAAUCAUGACCAUCAUGCAUUUAAAACUAUUGGGGAUGCAUAUUUGCUAUGUUUACAAUAUUGCAGAAAUGACAUAUACAUGUAAUUACAGGCACUAUAUAAUUCGUAUACUAUUAUUUUGAAAUAUUGAUAUACUGUGUUGGAAAUAUUUAUAGAUUCCCAUUGUAGGGAGGAACUGCUUUCCCAUGAAAUGUUUACCUGGGUGUUUACGUAGUUUUUGUGUGUGUUUGAGGAUUGCCUUCGAUGUAAAUGUUGGUUUGCAACCCCUCAAUUUACAUAUCAUUUUGGUCCCCUGCUGCGUUACAAGUAUACCUGUGUCUGUGCGUCCCACUUGACUUUGUGGACGCAACUCCUCUGAAACCGCUCAACAGAUUUUGUUCAAAUUUUGUAGGAUUGUUAGUCACCAUGUGUAGUUGAUCAUACUGCGCUGCCAUUUUGAUUCGACAAAUUUUACAGGAGUUAAGAGACUUUGUUGAAUUUGCACAUGCUGCACUAUAGAAACACUUUGUGGACGCAACUCCUCAGAAACCAUCAACGGAUUUUGUUCUAAUUUUGUUGGCUUGUUAGUUAUUAUAUGUACUUGAUCAUAUCAAUUUUACAGGAGUUAUGGGACUUUCAUGUUUCAACUUUGUUGGGGGGGGGGGGGGGGGGGGGCAUACAUGUAUGGCUACGGUAGCUAUCUUGUUCGAACAGUAUCUCAUUCUUUUAUUCUGUUUGUAUAUAUUCUUUCUUGUCAUGUUGAAAUAAAACUUGUAUAUCUAAAUAAAAACUCAUAUAAAGUUCCCCAUAGUAGACAAGG